ACCGGUUUGGUCCGGUUCGAUGAUUUGGGUUUGAAAUUUGGAUUUGGGCCCACUAAUAUUUUGUGAUGGAUUGUCCGGUUCUCUUUGACGAGUAAGAAGAACCACCAGCAGCUUCUACCAGCGCCUCCUCAAAACUCAGGGUGGAUACCGGCGUAAAGCAUGCUAUGAAGUGUGGGAGAACCGCGUAAGAAUAGAAGGGAUUAAGGGUUUCGUCAAUCUACUUUUUAGGGGUUUUUGCUUCUUCGACAAUGGCAACAUGGUUGCAAAGGAUAAUUAGAACCAGAGCCUCUAGUUUUCCCCCAACAACACCAAAACUGCUCCCUCAUCAUUCUUCUUCUUCUUCUUCUUCUUCUUCUUCUAGAUUCUUCUCCAAAUCAACCCAAUACAUUGUGAAGGUUGGAAUACCAGAGUUUCUAACGGGAAUUGGGAAUGGAGUUGAAUCCCAUGUUGCGAAACUUGAAUCUGAAUUAGGUGACUUCCAGAAGCUUCUCGUCACUCGCACCCUCAAACUCAAGAAGCUUGGCAUUCCUUGCAAACAUAGGAAGUUAAUAUUGAAAUAUGCACACAAAUAUAGGCUUGGAUUAUGGAGGCCACGUGCUGAGCCCAUGAAAGCCUAAUUAGUUUUGGAGUAGAAGGGUAUGACCAAAUCAUAUACGUUUUGUCGCAGUGGCAUGACAGUACUCAACUUUGCAUGAAAUGAUGAAAGUCAUUGCCUUAUCCAUCUUUUUCGUGAGGUUGUUUCUUCUGGAAAAAAAUAUAUUUGUUAUUUCUUAUCUUCAGGGUUGUCAUGGCAUUUUCCAUGUUUAAUCACAAGAUGAUUAGACAGCAUGUUGUGCAUGAUUUAUGUAUGAAUGUGAUAACUUUAGAUUUGGGGGGCUUGUGCUUUGUACAAAUGUCAUAACUUACCCAAUAUUUUAGA